AUGUAUGUUUGUUUUGCUGCUUGUAGGAUUGCAUUUGCAAGGUAUUGUAGGCCACUUAUUGGACUGGAUGUGUGCUUUUUGAAAGGAGUGUAUGGUGGGCAGCUUCUUACAGCUGUUGGAAAGGAUGGGAACAAUCAGAUGUUCCCCAUUGCAUUUGCCAUAGUUGAAGUUGAAACAAGGGACUCUUGGGAAUGGUUUGUGGCCUUAUUGUUGGAAGACCUCAAUUUGGGUUUGGUACCCACCUUACAGUCAUUGCAAGGUGAUGUGGAGCAUAGAGUCUGUGUGAAGCAUGUUUAUGGCAAUUGGAGGAAGAAAUAUCCAGGACAAGAGAUGAAAGGAGCUAUGUGGGCUGCUGCAAGAGCAUGCACUGUGCCUCAAUUUGAUAGGGCAAUGAAAAAUCUGAAAGAGAUGAAUGAAGAAGCCUGGAAGGACUUAUGUGAGAUACCUCCAAAGCAAUGGUCAAGGGCUCAUUUCAGCACAAAUUCCUUGUGCGACCUUCAAGUGAACAACAUGUGUGAGGCUUUCAACAUGGCAAUUCUGGAACACAGAGACAAACCAAUCAUUUCACUGGUUGAGGGAUUGAAGCAUUACAUAAGUUGCAGGAUUGUUAAGCAAAGACAGCUGAUGAACAAAUGUAGGGGAAACAUAGCUCCUAUGAUUCAAGAAAAGUUGGAGACAAACAAGAAAGAGGCAGAAAAUUGGUUAGUUCAUUGGUGUGGGCAGACAGUUGACACAUCUUUUGAGGUUUACAAUGGACCUUUUAAAAAGUAUUCUGUGGACCUUAAGCACAACCAUUGUGCUUGCAGAAGAUGGGAUUUGACAGGUAUCCCAUGUUGUCAUGCCAUAGCUUGUAUUUGGUAUAACCGGUGUAACCCUGAAGACUAUGUUCACAACUACUACAAGAGGGAUACAUUUCUUUCCACUUAUUCAUAUGUCAUUUUACCAAACAAUGGUCCAGAUCUAUGGACAGAGAGCAAUCUUCCACCAUUGUGUCCACCCUAUGUAAGGAGGGCACCUGGCAGACCAAAGAAACAAAGGAACAAGAAGAAUGAUGAACCAAGAAAUCCUUAUAAGUUAGCAAGAAAUCAAUCAAAAGUCAAGUGUAGCAGAUGUGGAAAAUGGGGUCACAAUGUGAGGACUUGUGGAGGGAAAACUGGUGCUGACAGGGAAAUAGAGAAGGGAGGAAACAAGAAAAAUCCAAAGAAAGUCCACCCUGGAGGGGCUUUUGGAAGUGGAGCAAUACCAGGAACAAGGAGUGCAAGGGCUAGAAAAGCACCACAGAAACCACAGUAUAAGCCUGCUGCAAAUAGAAAGAGGAAGGCUCCUCAAACUGCUUCUCAGGAUGCUCCACAACCAGCUUCUCAACAAGGUUCUCAGCAAGCUUCUCAGCAAGCUUCUCAGCCAGCUUCUCAGCAACCUUCUCAAGGAAUCACCAUAACAGCUUCACUACCUCCUUCUGGAGCAUCCACACGAGGAAAUAAGAGAGCAAGAGUUGCUGUUGGCACUCAACAGAGCACAAGUUGA